AUGGUUUUAUCUCCAAAAACUACUCUUGGACGAGUUUUAUUAUUGGUUAUUAUUAUAUCAACAAUAUCUUAUCUUGUUCUUAAUUUAGUUUCAUUUGGAGGAACUCCAUGGAUAACAUAUCAUGAUGUUACAAUUCGCUUUGGUCUUUGGACAGUUUGUAAUACAAAUACAUCAGGUGCUUGUAAUCAAUGGAUUGAUAAUACAUAUAACUCAAAUAUAAGUGCUACAUUUACAGGAAAACCAGGUUUUAUUCAAAGUAGUCAAGCAUUAGAAAUAAUAUCUUUGAUAUUUUAUAUAUUUGCUGCUUUACUUAUUAUACUUGGUAUAAUUGAUCUUGAUGGAUUACCAUUUCAAGUUGUGUUUCUUGCUGCUGCUGUUCUUUUAUUUAUUUGCAUUGUAUUUCUAUCAGCAACAUUGGGUGUUAUGUCUGUUCAAGGUCGUAGUAAUCAUUCAGGUUCUCUUGAAUGGGCAUGGUGGGUUGGUCUUGUUGGUCUUAUUAUGACAAUUAUUGAUUUUUUUGCAUUAAUUGCUCUCAUUCUUGUUAUGAGAGUAUCGCCAUCAAAUAGGCAAACAUUAAAAAUGAAAAAAAGUUCAAAAAAAGCAAAACAAGUCUAUGGUCCAUCUGUACCUGGAACGACAAUCGGUGGUACGUUACCACCAAUAUUUCCACCACCAGUUAGUUCAUCACCAUUUUAUUCUCCGGCACAAAUCCCAACAUAUGUAUUAUCAAGUCAACCAAUUCAUUAUCCAUAUGAUCAAGGAUACUUAAAUCAAUAUCCAACUGAUUAUUUUAGUUUACCAGAAAAUAAUUUCAAUAAUUAUUUUCCAUAUGAUCAAGGAUACGUAAAUCAAUAUCCAACUGAUUAUUUUAAUUUACCAGAAAAUAAUU